UUAACUGGACAGCACAACCAACCAACCCAACAUCAGCAAUAACAGGACAAGAUGUGUCAUUUCAGUGGCAGUACUCCCUCACUGCUGAUGAACUGCUCCAGAGUCAGACACUGUUUGUCAUUUUCUGGAAGAAGCUAAAUCCGUCAACUUCAAAUUAUGAUCAGAUUGCAACAAAAAGCUUUUUUAACGUUAUUGGGGUGCCUUCUUAUCAGGAACCCAGAUCUCCACGAAUUGUGAUUGAUAGGAAUGAUGAAGCCACGUUACAUAUCAAAGAUGUCAGGAGAGAAGAUGAGGGAAUAUACAAGAUUGAGUUUAGUUUACAAUUAGAUGGGACUGUUCUUGCUGAACAGAGAGUGAAUUUUACAGUUUUAGAACACCCUGAGCUUGAUUAUGCAAGUAACGACCAAGAUGUCUGUAAAGACUCCAUGGUUGCCCUCUUUUGUAAUGCAACUGGUAAACCAGCACCAAACAUCAACUGGACAAGAGUGUGGGAAAAUGGCACUGAUGGUGAACAGCUGCCUGUGGUGGGUGGGAGUUAUGUCAUGAGCAAUAUCAAGAGAAGCUCAAAUGGAACAUAUCGCUGUACAGCUUACAAUGGUGUCGGUGAUCCUGUUAAUCGCACGGUGAAAUUGAUUGUAGGAUAUUCUGCAUCUGUUGUCAGAGUUGUCAAGUCUUCAAAUACAGUGAUUGAAGGAGAUACUUUUAGCCUGACUUGUGAGGUAUCUGGGGAUCCUAUGCCAAAUGUUACUUGGAUUACAGUGAGCAAUGAUGAGCACAGUUAUGGAAACAUACUGAACUUUACCAACAUUACAAGAGGUGAUUCAGGAGACUAUAGAUGUGAAACAGAGAAUAGAUGUGGAAAGGAAUCAAGGAAUGAAUCUAUCAACGUCUUUUGUAAGCCCUGUAUUAUUUACUCUUUUAUUAUUUAUUUAUUCUGGGUUGUCAUAAUUUAUAAACUACAGUGGAACCCCGCCUUAUCCGCACCUCAUUAAUGUGGUUGCCUCGUUACUACGGCCAAAUUUUCAUGGUCCGUUGGUGACCGUAUUAAUGAGGUUCAGCUUUAUCUCUCACAUGAUUUUAAUAUGACAGCAAGGUUUGAGGCAGUACAACCCAUUUUAGCUUGACAUUGGCCAUUUGAUCAUGACUUAUCUAGUUCGCAUAGAAGGGAACUGUAAAAUCGGACGAUUCAUAUUUGCUUACUAAGUAAGUCCUUCGUGAUUUGUACUUGCUGAUUUGAAAACAGUGCUUCCAGUGGAUGUUUUCUUGUAGGUGUUUGAAGCAAGG